AUGAAGGCUUUAGUGCUCACCCUCCUCUUCCUCCUCAUUGCAUGCAGUGAAGCCAAAAUAUACACCAAAUGUGAACUGGCUUCAAGUCUGAAACAAAAUCGCAUGGAUGGAUAUUUUGGCUACAGCUUGGGCAACUGGAUCUGUCUUGCUUUUCAUGCGAGCAAGUACAACACCCAUCUUGUGAUUGGGCCAAACAAGGAUCGCGGUAGCAACUAUGGGAUAUUCCAGAUAAACAGCCGCUAUUGGUGCAAAAGUAACCAGGGCCCUACAAAUAAUCUCUGUCAUAAGCCUUGCAGUGCUUUCCUAACUGAUAACAUCACAGCUGAUAUUGCUUGUGCUAAGAGAAUUGUGCGUGAUCCCCUAAGGAUGAAUGCCUGGGUUGGCUGGAAAAAGCACUGCAAAGGAACAAAUCUGUCAAAAUGGACCAGUGGUUGUCGACUCUGAGAUUGAUGAUCCUGCAUUUCUCUUCCUCCUCCUGUGAUGAAAAUGAUAUUAUUUCUUAUAUAACCACACUGAACAGUUUAAUUCUAUGCCUGCAUUCUACAUAUUGGGAAGAAUGAGUUUGUUUGCACACAAACAAUGAUUUUUAAAUGGUUUCUGGGUGGAAAGGAGGGAAAGACCUUGCUUUUUAAA